GACUCCGACAUAAACAAAAUGGCAGCAGCCGACAAAGAUUGGACCUAGUGACAUGUCUUUACGACAGCUUGCAAUAUUUUUUGCAUCAUGUCAUCUUCCGCAGCAUCAAGAGGGAAAAAAUUUACAUUAAAAACUGUUCUAGAUGGAUUACGUGGAUCUGGUGGCUCUUCUCAAAAUCGACAGGACACUGAAAUUGAAGAAACUCUUCGUCCUGAACAUUAUCAUGUGACGAAGACUGUUCGUCAUGGAUUCCCUUUUACACCAACUGCACUAGCGUUUGAUCCAGUACAGCAUCUGUUGGCCAUAGGGAAUAGAAAUGGUUCAUUAAGAAUUAUUGGUCAGCCAGGUGUUGACUGCCAUUGUAACCAUGAUUCAGAGGUUUCUAUUACACAGAUAUUAUUUCUAGUCAAUGAGGGUGCUCUGGUGACUGUUACUAGUGAUGACCACCUUCACCUGUGGAAUUUCAGACAGAAACAGCCCAGUAUAGUCCAUUCUCUCAAGUUUCAAAGAGAGAAAAUUUCAAAAUGUCACCUCCCAUUCCAAAGUAAGUGGUUGUAUGUGGGUACAGAGAGGGGAAAUGUCCAUGUGGUCAACAUUGAAUCUUUCACAUGCUCGGGUUAUAUAAUCAACUGGAACAAGGCCAUUGAACUAUCAAGAAAAACACAUCCAGGGCCAGUUGUACAUUUGAGUGAUAAUCCAGUUGACUCUAAUAAGCUCCUGAUAGGAUUUGAAUCUGGUGCCAUUGUCUUCUGGGACUUGCGUACAAAAUCUGCUGAAUACAGAUAUAAUUCUCAGGAGGCCUUGCGAUCUAUAUCAUGGCAUAAUGAAGGCAAACAGUUCAUGUGCAGCCACACAGAUGGCAGUCUAUCCACAUGGAAUGUUAAAACACCUCAAAGACCUGUUUCUAUUACCUCACCUCAUGCCAAAAUUGGACCAGAUGGGAAGCCAGAUCUCUGCAAACCUAUUACAAAAGUUGAAUGGAGAUGUACAAAAACAGGAGAGUCCAUUGUUAUAUUUUCUGGUGGUAUGUCCUAUGAUCGAGCUGGGAGAACUCCCACCAUAACUGUAAUGGCAGGGAAGAGCACAACUGUCUUAGAAAUGGAGCAUAAUGUGGUAGACUUUGUUAGUCUUUGUGAUACCCCCUGGGUCAAUGAUUUUCAAGAUCCCUAUGCCAUUGUUGUACUGCUGUUAAAUGACCUGGUUGUUAUUGAUCUAACUACGCCAGGUUAUCCAUGUUUUGAGAAUCCUUAUCCAAUGGAUCUCCAUGAGUCACCUGUUACUGCCUGCCAGUAUUAUGCUAAUUGUCCAAUGGACAUCAUUCCCGCCCUCUACUCUACAGGCAAAAAUCAGAAAAAGUCUGGUUUUAGUGAGAAGCAUUGGCCAAUCAAAGGCGGGUCAUGGGGGGCUAGUGGAACAAGCUAUCCUGAGAUCAUAAUUACUGGUCAUGCAGAUGGCUCAUUAAAAUUUUGGGAUGCAUCCUCAGUAACUUUACAGUUCCUUUAUAAAUUAAAAACUGCCAAAGUGUUUGAGAAACCCAAAAGGCCGUCAGAGGACAAGGAUGAUGAUCCAUUUGCCAUACAAAAUAUCUUCCUGUGUUUGGAAAGCCGCAUCAUGUGUGUGGCAGGACCAACACACUGUAUACUCUUCAAGUUUUCUAAACAGGAGACUUCUGUAGAGACAGUUGCCUUGGAGUUUUCAAUAGUGUAUGAGAUAUUUGAUGAGCCAGACUCUCCUGAAUUUGAUUUCUCCAAGCCAAGCCUUACUGUGAUGGGACAGCAUAGCAGCAGUAUGGGAUCCUAUUCUUCUACAACCUCAGACAACACAAAGGCAGAAGCUAUCACCUCUGUUAAAGCAAAGAGUGGGAGUCGGCGUUGGGGCCCAGGUUUUCUACCUGAUCUAGUCUGUAUUUUGUGUUGGGUAGAUGGGGAGCCAGCUGGAAACAUAACAGUCAUGUCUGUAAACUCUUCAUACGGCCUUUUGGCUUUUGGAAAUGAAUCUGGUCUGGCUAUUGUAGAUUAUUUACAGAGAACCUGCUUGCUCAACUUAGGAACGCCAGACUUGUAUGGGUCCAUGGAUCCCUAUCAGAGAGCACCGAGAUCACCCCGUUCUAAAAAGAACACAGGUGAAAAUCUAAUGCAAGGUUCUGAGGAUUGUAAAUCUCCUACAGUUGAUCAGUCAGGGCAAUACCUCUCCCCAACUGCUGGAAGUGGCAGAGGGGUCUCAUCACACUCAGGCCUCAAACUGCCCACUCCUACCUCUGGUUAUGUGAAAAACACAUCCCCCAAAAGCCACCAACAGUUGUCAAAAGCAAAGUCCCUAAACCCAGACAUAGGUCAAGCAUCACCAUCACAGACUGCUGAGAGUAAAUCAGUUCAUCCUCCCAUUCUUAAGUCCCAAUCGCUAGACUAUCCAGAUGCGGUGCCAAACCACAUGAAUUCCAGCACAGUACCUCCUAGCAUCCAACAACCCAGACAGGUUGCUGCUACUAAACUUACCAUAAACAUUCCUAACAGUAUGUGUUAUGAUGAUAACAGCACUGCUUCUCAAGUUCCAAAGCCGCCCCCCAGAAAGAAAAACAAAAACAAACAGCAUCAGCUUGUCCACCAACCAGCGCUGGAUCUACCCCCAUCACCCAGCAAAGAGUUAUCCUCCCAGCCUUGUACCCUGAAUGCCCUGCUGCUGUUGCCCCGCUCUUCCAGUGCCAUCAGUGAGCGAGGAUUGAGGACUUGUCAAACUGAAAAAUCUGCUUCCUUUGAGAACCCUUCACUCUUGUGCCCACCAGUUCCUAUCAAACCAAAGAGUGUCAGCACCGGUGAUUUGCCAUCAGUCCAGUGUCAGUCUGCUAGCUCAUCUACAGAAUCUCUAAGGAAAGAGACGGCUGUGAAAACCAUGUCAGAUCCCAAGUAUUUAAAAGAUCCUACGGGUAAUGAGUCGUUUGAAAUCCUGAGAAAGUCUUCCUCAGAGACCCAUUUGUCUGCUGUUGACAGCCGGCAGUUGUCAGAGUUAAAUAACCAUGCAGCUGGACAUCACAGAAAAAACUGGCUCUUGAAGAAAAUACACAGAAAACCAAAGAAGAAAAAGAAAGAUGAUGAAGAGGGAAGCGAUGAAAAGCAGGAUACUGGGGACAGCUCUGAUCAAAAUGAUACCAUCGUGUCAGAUUGUUUGGAAGCAACAGAUGACUUUGACGUGAAAGCUUUUCUCAGAGAGGACAGGAAAGACUGGGAAGAUGGGGAUUUUGCUGACAGUCCAGACAGUGGAGUCAAGAGCCCAGGUAGUGCUAAGAACUUCUUCAGCAGGGUCAGCUUGAAGUUCAAAUCUCUGGGGUCUCGCAAAUCUUCUGAGGAGGAAGAAAAAGACAGCACCACCAAGAGAUCUCAAGAAAAACCAGCCAAGAUUAAAAUUGAAGUAUUGGAUUUGACUGAUGACCUAGCAAAGAAGCACAACAUAAGAAAAGUAUACCUGUCAGAUAUCCUACAAUCAAGGAGAGAUGUUGACAAGGCAGAUGCGUCUUUUUCUCGCUCACGUAGUUCAAGCAUGUCUAGCCUAGACAACGUAACCAAGGAGGCUAUUCAAUGUUUAGUGUUUGCUGAUUCUUUUACACGUAAACAAGAUAAUGAAACGUCUCCGUGCCUGUGGGUGGGCACAAGCCUGGGUUCUGUCAUUGUUAUAGUCCUGGUUCUACAGCCUGACCAGCGGCUGUCACAGCCAGUCAUUGUUUCCCCUAGUGGUUCCCUGUAUAGAAUGAAAGGUGCCAUAGUGUGUAUGUCUUUCUUGGACUUCAAAGGUGGUCUGAUCCCAGCUUUGAGUGAACAGUGGAGAGAUAACAGGGACAAUAGAGAGUUUACUGACAGAAUGAGUAACAAGGCUACCAGUAGACAAAUGUCAGUGAGUAACUCUAAACCAAAGAUCUCUCCUACUGCAUCCACAGAGAUGAACAAUGACAGACAAUUUGCUAUCCUCUGCUCAGAAAAACAAGCAAGGGCAAUAUCAUUGCCAUCUCAGACAUGUGCUUUCAAGACAAAAGUUUCUGAAAAUUCAUUUGUUGUGAGGGCAGAGGUUGUGAAUAUGCGUGAGAGUGUGUGUCUUAUGUGCUAUGUUGCUAGUGGUCACAUCAAGGCAUUCAGUUUGCCCAGUCUCAAGAUGUUAUUGAAAGCUGAUUUCUUGCCUUUAACUGAUUACAGAGUGGCAAGAACAUUUUGUUUCAGUAAUAAUGGCCAUGCCAUGUUCCUUUGUUCACCUUCUGAAAUACAGAAAAUCACUUAUUCUGCUGAAAUUUCUGACAACCUUAGAGAAAUGCUUGGAGAGCUGUUUCUCCCUAAAGACACUCCAGAGCCACCAAAACAAGGAUUCCUAAAGACACUUUUUGGUGGUGGAGUUACAACCCUUGACAGGGAGGAGCUUUUUGGUGAAGCUAGUGGCAAGGCUUCCAAAGGACUGGCCAAACAUAUACCAGGCUCUGGCAAUCUACAGCACCUAUCCCAGCAAGCUAGUGCAUCUAGUAGUGAAUUCACCCGCACCAGAUUGCUCUUAUCAGAGAGAGGAGAAAAAUUGGGUGAUCUAGAGGACAGGUCAGCACAGAUGAUGAACAGUGCGGAGCAGUUUGCAUCAGCAGCGCACAACGUAAUGCUCAAGUGUAAGGACAAGAAGUGGUAUCAGUUUUGAUCAUGGAAACAUGUUUUUCCCUGGACUACAUAAAAACCUUUUUCAAAGGUGAAAGGCUACUUGCUGUUUAUAAUCAAAGCUUGGACGGUCUGCUGAUAGGAUGGGCAAGUCUGGCUCUGGUGGUCGGCAGGAUACUGUUGUGCCUCAGUGCAAGCCCUCUAACUGAUUGUGUGGACCAGUAUUUAUUGGAUGCAAGAAGGUGUAAACAUUGCAACCCUGCAUCACCCUGACCUACAACUACCAUGUGUAUUGGUUGUUUUCUAUUUGGGUUGUUUUUGUUUUUUUUUUCAUGAUUGGCCUUCAACUACCCUGCAAGGUAACAAAAAAAAUGUUGGUAUUAAAAAUGUCAACUUUUUUUCUUUCCGUUCAACACCUGAAAUAAUCCCCCCUCUGAUCUUAUAUAUCUUAAUCCUUUGUGUGCAGUUUGUAUUAGAUGAGCGUCUAUAUUUCAUCUCCUCUUCUGUACUACUUUACAUUGACUGUCCACACCACUAAGGAAAUACAUUUUUAUAAUUAUAUUUAGUUUCUAAGGAAUAUCAUAUAUCAAGUACCAUUACAGAAAACUUUUGAUUUAAUUUUGAAAUUACUUGAAAGUUGGUUACUUUACCAUUUUUCAACAUAAUUGCGGAUGGCAUUUUUAAACAAAAUAAAAAAUGAAACAAGAAUUGAUCAAAUCAAUUUUUAUUUCUUUAUUUUAUUAUUUUUGAGUGUUAAAUAAAGUGAAAAAAAAUGUUAAAGUACCAUACCUUGCAAUAAAAUAUUUCUAGAUUAGUCAUUUAAAAAAAAAAUCUGGACAGUCCUUCACAGUUUUUAUUUCUCUCUUUUGUUUUAAAAAGAAAUGUUCAUUGAGUGCAAUAAUUCUCUGACCCGUUUUACUUUGGUUAUAAUAUUUUAAAAUAUUUUACAACCUGUGCUCUAAACAGGUGGUCACAUCACUUUUCACUGUCAUAAUAGUUCCAGAUAUAUCCCAUAAUAGCUUUUUAUUACAAUUUUUCUGCACCUUCAAAAAAAUAACAACAAAAAUUUACAGAUUAAAGCUAAGGUAAUGACAAAUUAAUAUAAUUCAUUUAAAAAAAAACUACAUUGUCAUGGCAACCUCAUCUUAAAUAUGUGAUCUGUGAAAUAUAUUUUUUUAUUUCUUCUUGCUUGUGUUAUAAGAUAAAUAGUUGAUUGUUCUCAAACUGUAUAUCUUGAAAUGUGGAUUGUUCAAUGAUGCUGACAUAGAAUAUCAAUUCUAUAAAUAUAAUUUUGUCUAUAAAGGAAUGCCCUAUACCUAGAAGAACCUAUAUUAUAUUCUAUAAUGAUGCAAUCAAUAUAUAUAUAUAAAUAUAUGUUUUAUAAUAAAAUGAAAUGAUCUUCAUAUUUGCUUAGCAUUAAAUGAUCUUGUAGUUAUGUAUUUUGCAGAACUAAAGAAUGUAGAUCAUUUUUUGUCAUAAUUUUUUUCCAUUGGUGUUGAAUUGUAAAAGUUUGUGAGCUUAAAACUGUGAAAUUAACAAAAUGUAAGCUAAACAGAAAAUUGUACUUGACAAAUAUAUAGAUCCUGUGCUAGCAGCUUGCUAAUGGUGGACUUAACCAUUUGAAUAUUUCUUUUUCAAUUAAGUAUUUGUCAGCCGUAGAAUUUUUAAAAAUAUAAACUUAUUUACAGUGCACUCUUUUAAUUUUAAAGUUUUCAAAGCAACUCUGUAUUUAUUUUAUUUUUUUUGAAAAAGCUGACCUGUUUUCUUGAAUGCCAAGAUUUGUCUAUAUAAAGAUGUGUGAAGAUGAGGGACUGUGAGUACACACCCUGAUUCUGUUAGUGCAAUAAAACACUUGUAGUGGAACAUUGUGUGAAGUAAGAAUGUCUUUCCUGAUGUUGGUUUAUGGCAGAUGUUGUUCAACUGUGUAGAUAUCACUUGGUGUACAUAACUUUAUUUAUUUGUACAUACAGAUUUGAUUUGGUUAUGACUGGUUAAGUGGGCCAUUUCCGACAUUCCUCAUCUUAAUAUUUGUGUUACGCAGAGUAAAACUGGUGGAUGUAAAACAACCAUUGUUUUUUUCUCUAGCUAUUUAUUUCAAAGAUUGAAAAUUAAGGUGUUUGACUCGAGUUGUAUUUGUUGUUUGUUUUUUUUUUCUUUUUAAUUUUACAAAAUAAACAGGCAAAUUAGUUUCUUUUUUCUGUGGAGAUGGCUGUACAUAUCUUGAUGUUUUCUCUAGAAUUUGUCAUUCAACUCAAAUUUAAAAUACACUGUUUGGCUGUGAAGGUGAAAAUGGAUGGUGGAUUUACAUUGAUCUUUUACAUAUUUUUUUUUUCCUCACUUUUUAAAAAAAUUGGUUACUGGGAUUUUCUUUUUUGUUACUGUACCAGCCUCUUUUUGUAUUAAUUUCAGCCUCUGUUUGGAUAUGUUAAACCUUGUGUGAUACAGCUCUCUCUAUCUACCAGUGACAAAUGGCUUACAACAUACAGUGAGCUGAUUUCUAGAAGUGAUAACUCUGUUUUACCUUUGGCUGUGUGGGACAAAACCCAGUUUACAUGUUUGUGUUCCAGUUUAUUUAACAGCCAGAAAAUUCUUGUGGGAUUCUUAAAAGCAGACUUAGAGGGUAAAUAAUAAUCAUAAAGUAUAACAUUGUAUUAGUUUCUGUAAUCCUUGCUGAUGUAUUAUGUAUUCCUUAUUUAAGAUUGUUUAUCCAGAUAUGCUCAUUAUAAUUAUAAGGUUAGAGAUGGAGUUCCCAAUGCUCAAUUGGCUUGCCUCUAUUUAUAGCUUGCAUUUGAAUGGGUGAACUGUGUACAGCCUAUCACAGCUAUUUUGUGCAAUGUCUUCUCAAAGAGGGACCAACAUAGUCUUUCUUCGCCAGUCGUUAUUUUUUAUUUGUUUUAAAUAACCUUUUGUAGAGUUGAGUUGCAGCAGUUGGUGCUGGAUAACAAUGCUGAGAGGAUGUGUGCAAUACUCCACUCAGCUGUACCUCUUGGUUCUCCAGUGCUUAAGAUAUGUCCAUGUAGCCUCCAGCUAUUAAAAGCUGAUAUUAUCUUCACUUAAAAUAAUUGGAUGUGUUUGCUCUCAACAGUAUCUCUUUGUUUUGAAUCUAGUGCUAAGAUAAGUUGGUGCAGCUGACAACUAAAGCUUAUGUUCUAUUGAGUUGUAAUUAUAUACCAUGAUUAUUUCUAGGAACUUUACUUCAAACCAAAAAUUUUUAGUUAAUGAAAAAAUUUAUUCUAGAUAUACUAAAAGUGAACAUUUUUACAUCUUUUUGUUAUUUGUUUGAUGUACAUUCAGCAGUAAAUACUAAAUAAAUUUUGGUUUACAUUCCUUGAACUCAUUCUGUUUUAUUGUCAGUUGUAAUUUUUAUUUUUGAUAAAAAUUACUGACAGGCUUUAUUCCAUAUAUAUAUAUCUGUCUACUUAAUUCCAAUUUUUCUUAAGCAUGAUAUUUGGGGGAGUGGGACCAAGCAUGUCAUGUUACAUGCAGAAGUUUUUUCUAUCUAGUUGUUAUGACAAGACUAAUUUGACACCAGUCAAGCAAGAUGAACUUGCAGAUUAUUGUGGCACGCAUACUUUUUGUUAACGAUACUUUAAUUGAAGUGUAGUUGUGGCUGUGUGCUACUCCUGGCAUCCUUGUUUAUCCCCCCUAUGUUUUUGACCAUUAGACCAAAAAUGUGUGUUGUCACUGUCACACUGCUGAGAGUGUAAGCUGGAGGUGAUAGCCAAUAUUCAUGUCACAAGUUGCUAGUUUGCUUUCUUGUCAUAUUUCAUUCAUAACCCAUCUUAGAACUUGUCCAUCCUUAAUCACCCCUGAGAUUUUUUCAAAAAAGUUUGUGAUAAUCAUUCUGGUUCAGUGUCAUUAAACUCAUUUGGCUGUGUAGAAUACAUGAUUGAAUCUGUUUUAAUAUUGAUGAUUUCUUCUUAUAUUUCUAUAGAAGUAGUGAAACUUUUAUAAGUACUAUGAAUUUUUAAACUGAUAUUUGUAUAUGGAUGUCCUCCAGUUUCAAAUGUUUUGUAAUUGGUGAAUUUUUUUCCAAUGAAAACUUUGAUCCCAUGUCCCCCCUUCCUCCCUUGUUGAUAUUCCUUAUUUGUUUAUUUUAUUUAUCUUUUUUUUUUGUAGACAUGUAGACACAUUUCUGCCCGUCUUCAUGCACAAACAAUAAAUACUGUUACCCUUUCACUUGCUCUCAUUGAAUAACUCGCUGGAGCAUACACUCAGUAGGUAGCAGAAUUUUUUUACACAAAUAUUGGUACAUUUUAUUGACAUAGAGUAGACCCUUGCUGAAUCUGGGUUUUUUUUUAAACCUAAAGUGUUGAACCAAAAUAUCAAAAAAUAAAAUAAUCAUGUUUUGGCGUGUUAGCUUACUGAAGUUGGGGAAAAGAUAUCUUCCUAGUUAGUUUGUAGGCCCUAGCUGAUUAAAUGACUGCUCAUUUUAUACUUUUUCUAAAAAGCACUACGUUUGUUUUUUAUUACCAUAAGUGUAAAUGCUUUUAAAGGAAUUUAAGGAACUAAUAGCUAUAAUAAAUGCUGAUUGCUAAUAAUGUGUUUGUAGCUAGAACUGUAACAUCACUUAAGUUGGAGGUUAUGAAUGUUGUUUUUUUUUUCUUCAAUUCUUACUGGCUGAAUCUCAAUGCAGCUUUCUGAUCAAUAAAUGCUACCCUAUUGAUAAAAAGUAUUAUUAGAUAUUUCAAUCAAUAUGUAAAAAGAAAACUCACAAUUAUUUUAACCAUCCCAAUAUGACAAAAACUGAUUUUCCCUUAUUUUGAUAACACAGCAUCUAAUAAUUUAAUUAUAAUUCCUACUUUAGGUUGCCCAGUGCUUUAUUCAAAAAUAUAAAAAAUUUGGUAAGCAAGGGUCCACUGAUUUUUUUUUUUCUGAACUGAUCAAUAAACGGAAAGCCUAGUUUUAUUGAAUGGAGCAAGAUGAAAUGUAGCUGGUAUCCUAUUUUUAUACUCUGUGUCUGCUUGCUUUGUGACUUCUCCAUUGGGUCUUUUGUACCUUUGUAAUUUUGCUCUAUGUCACACUAGCAAGAGGGCAAUACUGUUUCUUUUUAACUAAUUGGAUCCUGUAUACAUUGUAGAAAGAAUUCGCAAAUAAAACUAACAGAACAAUCA